AUGGCUUUCACUCCCAGAGGCGGUCGUGGCGGCGGCGGACGUGGUGGAUUUGGUGGUGACCGUGGCGGUCGUGGUGGCUUCACCCCCAGGGGUGGACGUGGUGGCUUCGGCGGAGGUCGCGGCGGCGGUGACCGUGGCGGCCGUGGUGGUGCUCCUCGUGGUCGCGGAGCCCCAAGAGGCCGUGGUGCGCCCCGAGGAGGUGCCCGUGGAGGAGCGCGUGGAGGCGCCAAGGUCAUUGUUGAGCCCCAUCGUCACGCCGGUGUCUUCGUCGCUCGCGGAAAGGAGGAUCUCCUCGUUACCAAGAACUUGACCCCCGGCGAGUCCGUUUACGGCGAGAAGCGCAUCAGCGUUGGCGCCAGCACCGCGCCCAAGGACGGCGAGACCGAAGCCCCCUCCAGCACAGAGUACCGUGUCUGGAACCCCUUCCGCUCCAAGUUGGCCGCUGGUAUCUUGGGUGGUGUCGACAACAUCUACAUGGGCCCUGGCUCCAAGGUUCUGUACCUCGGUGCCGCUUCCGGAACAUCAGUCUCCCACGUUGCCGAUAUCGUUGGACCUGAGGGAACCGUCUUCGCUGUUGAGUUCUCGCACCGCUCCGGCCGUGAUCUGAUCAACAUGGCUACCCACCGCACCAACGUCAUCCCCAUCGUUGAGGAUGCCCGUCACCCUCUCAAGUACCGCAUGCUCGUCGGCAUGGUCGACUGCAUUUUCGCCGACGUUGCCCAGCCCGAUCAAGCCCGUAUCGUCGGUCUCAACGCCGGACUCUUCCUCAAGGUUGGAGGUGGUAUCGUCAUCUCCAUCAAGGCCAACUGUAUCGACUCCACCGCUGCUCCCGAGGCCGUCUUCGCACAGGAAGUCAACAAGCUACGAGAGAUGGGCAUCAAGCCCAAGGAGCAGCUCACCCUUGAGCCCUUUGAGCGUGACCACGCCAUGGUUGUCGGUGUUUACCAGCGUUCGCAAUAG